UCAAUAAUAAUUGAAGGUCGUCUGAAGUUCGGUCUGAUUAAAAUGAUCGAAACCUCAUUUAACGGGAAAGCCUUUGAGUGGAAAAUCUCAUGGACCUUCUGUCUUCCUCUCGAGAGCCGGUUCCGGUUCCUGUUCACCGAACCGAAGCCACACGCGAGCCACGCCUCUCAGCGCUGAGAGGCUGAAUCGAACAGCUGCAUCCAGCUCGCGCGUUCAGGCACGCGGGGCUGCGUGGGGGGGGGUCCCGCUCCCAGGUCGACCGGAGGCUUCAGUCCGCGGAUCACUGCGGGGGGAGAGGAUGAUGAGAGGACAGCUGCAGAGAAGGUUUUGAUAUGAAGAAGGACAUAGACUCACUGAUAGCAGAGGAACGUGCUGAGAUCAUUUCCAAAUAUGACAAGGGCAGACAGGAGGGCGUUGACAUCGACCCAUGGGAAGAUGCAGACUACACCAUCUACAAAGUCACCGACCGCUUCGGCUUCUUGCAUGAGGAGGAGCUGCCCACGCCAACGCCGCUCGAAGAAAAGCAAAAGCAGCAGGAGCUGGAGCGCGUGCAGAAAUGGCUGAAGAUGGUGAAGAAAUGGGACAAGUACAAGAACAGCGAGAAGCUGGUGAAGCGGGUGUACAAAGGCAUCCCCCUGCAGCUGAGAGGUCAGGCCUGGGCUCUGCUGCUGGAUGUGGAGAAGAUGAAGGAGGAGAACGAAGGAACGUAUGAGAGGAUGAAGCUGCAGGCUCGGAGUUUCUCCACGGAGAUCAAGCAGAUCGACCUGGACGUCAACAGAACCUUCAGGAACCACAUCAUGUUCAUGGACCGCUUCGGACUCAAGCAGCAGGCCCUGUUCCACGUGCUGGCGGCGUACUCCGUCUACAACACGGAAGUCAGCUACUGCCAGGGGAUGAGUCAGAUCGCCGCCAUGCUGCUGAUGUACCUGAAUGAAGAAGACGCCUUCUGGGCUCUAUCCCAGCUCCUCACCAACAGCAAGCACGCCAUGCAUGGGUUCUUCAUCCCGGGAUUUCCCAAACUGCACCGCUUCCAGGCUCACCAUGAGCUCAUCCUCUCCAAACUGCUGCCCAGGCUGAAGAAACACCUGGAUAAGGAGCAGAUGACCACGGGGCUUUACACCACCAAGUGGUUCCUGCAGUGCUUCAUAGACAGAAGCCCGUUCACGCUCACGCUGCGUUUAUGGGACAUCUACAUGUUAGAGGGAGAGAAGAUGCUGACCGCCAUGGCGUACACCACCCUGAAGCUGCACAGAAAGCGUCUGCAGAACCUGCAGCUGGAGGACCUGAGGGAGUUCCUGCAGGAGCAGCUGGCGGCUUCCUUCCUGUUCCAGGAUGAUGUGGUGGUUGAACACUUACAGGCGGCCAUGUCUGAGCUGCGAAGUAAGAAGAUGAACCUCCCUCCUCCAGCCAAGUCUGACGAGCUCCCCAAGAGGCCUUUGGGCGAAGAGCGGCGGCUUCUCCUGCAGCCGCUGCAGCCAGAACCCCCCACACAGGUCCAAAUGAGGCUGCAGGGCAGCGAGGGGGCCGGCGCAGACAGCAGUGGCCGGAGUCAGGCGGUCCCGGAUCCGAGAUGCUCCUCAAAAACUCCUCCCUCCCCGAGCCUGCCCCAACCACCUCCACCGCCUGCCGACAAGGCCUCUCCGGGAGUGGGGGGGCUCAGAGAUGCAGGGGAGGUUUGUCAGGAUGAGAGACAGCAGGAGGAGCAGACGAGACCCCCCCAGACCCAGGAGGAGCCUGCGGAGUGGCCCCCGCCCUACCAGCCCAGUGCUUCGGAUGUGGUGGACAUGCCGGCGGAGGAGGACUUCAUGGAUCUGCCAGACCUACCCCCCCCACCCUGUUCUUUCUGUGAUCAGGUUCCAACCCCCCCUCGGCCCCCUCCCCAGAAUACAAAGCCCCCCCGUCCAUUGGCAGUGUCCUCCCCUCCAAGCCUCCGGCCCUCGACUCCGUCGAAGUUCCCCGUCUCCCUGUUCGUCCCGUCCCCCCCCGGAAACAGACGCCCCUCCAACACCUCCCAGUACGACAACCUGUCCGACGACGAGCAGCUGGCAGACAGACUCCUGGCCUCGACUCCCGAGGAACGUCCCAGCAUGCACUGCACUCCACCCUAUUCUGUGGACAGGGACUAUGACCCCACCCACUACCCGCUGCCCCCGCCCCCUCUCCUCCUGUCCCGUUCGUUCUCUCCUCUUCCUCCCGGGACCUGCCCCCUCCCCAGUUUGCCUCAGGAGCCGGAGGACCGAGGAUACAGCUGGGUGCAGGACGCCACUCCCCCCCCUCCUCCGCCUAGUUUUGCCGACAGACUAAGCCCAUUUCAGGAGGGCGCAGCCCCCUUCCCAGACCAAGCGGCGCCCCCUACCUCCUGCAAGCCAUUCUGCAGGGGCCCCCGAGACCGCUCAACAUUCCCCGCCCCUCUGAUGUACACGGGCUCCCCCAGGGGUCACUCCAGGUCGCCCGGACAGCGCUCGCCGCUCCUUCAGUCCAGCUCAGACUUCUGCAGGGGGCCUCCGGGGGGGCAGCAGCUGCCCAAGUCAGUGACUUUUUGACAGCUCCAGUGAUGCCCCCCCAGGGGUGGCAGCCUGAAGUAAGGCUUGGUUUCAGAGCAUGAAAGGGUUACAUGACCUGUAGAGAAAAGGCUGUUCUGAGAGCCUCAGGUCACCAGUUCAUCCCCAAAUGGGCGUGUCUUAACCUUCCCAUGGUGCACUGGGGCUCCUAAAUAUAAGGGAAUAAGGGCUGCAGAAGUUUUCUACUGCAGUAAGCCGGCUCCCCGCCAUUGUUGGUCUGCAGCUGAUGGUGCAGUUGGAGUUUAAGGAUUAAAUUUCCAACAAAAGUCUCCCUCGAGCAUAUAUCAAACUCCACGCUCGCAGGGAAUGUUCCACGGGCGCAGGACGGUCUCCACGCUCGCUCCUCUACUCCUGCGUGCUGGUGAAACUUCUUCUCCGCGCUCAGGUGAGUAUUCUUAUGCUCCCGUGAAAGUAUUCUUACCCCCCUAAAACUAGUUCCGGCCUCUAAUGGAGGACUGUGUGCUCGUUGAUACUCAAGUAUUUCCAGGGUUUUUUAUCUUUCAAUGUUGAGUUUUUAAGGGAAUUAGUUUUAGGGGCGUAAGAAUACUUUCACAGGUGUGGAGACGGUCCUGCGCCCGUGGAACGUUCCUUGCGUGCGCGGAUUACGUUUAUUGCGUGCGUAGAGUUUGAUAUGUGCUCGUGGGAGACUUUUGGCGGAAAUUUAAAUCUAUUUAAGGCUUUUGUCUGCAGACGAUGGUCUGCAUCAGGCUCACACCUGUCAAUUUACACGCUCAGAUUCUACGAGGGUGGAGGUGCAUGUGGUCAGGUGGAGCACGGCUCACAGUGUGUGCACGAGGCAGCUUUCUGGUUUUUCUGUCACAGAAAUGUUUUUUUUCUAUAAAAAUAUUAUUUGUUUUGUAAACAAAGACUCAAAAGCGCCAUCUAGUGGUGGUAGCAGUGAAAGAACGCUCUCAGAUCCUGAUGACCCACUUCCUGUCUGCGCGUGGGUAAACCAGCUGUGGGGGGGGGGGGUCGGUUUGGUUCCUGUGGAUGUUGCACUGACGUCGUAAUUUCAGAGCGAUUUCUUCCUCAGAUUGGAACUAAAGGAGGAGGGGGGGGGGCUGUUUGGAGUGCAGGAGGACGCUGCACCACAGCAUGAUCCAUCCCAGCUCAUUUCUGCUGUUUGAGACCUGAACUUCAGUUUAUGCAACACUUGAAUUUUUAUAAAGACAGUAACUUUCCAUCUGUUUGGUUUAUCUUCUCCCAAAAACGUCACUCGCGUUCAGUGCUUUAGUGUUUAUUACCCCUCCCCCCUCCUGAAGCUUAAAAUUUCUGCACAAAGACACAAAAACAAAACUAUGCAUCGAGAUAAUUGGCUUCAAGAUUGUUCAGGUUUAUAUGAAAAAUGUUGAUCUUCAUUUCAAAUAAAGUCCUUCUUCAAACCGA